UUAUCUCUUUCUGAUCUUCAAAGAUUUAUCUUCCUUUCUUUAUUUUUUUACUGUGAUUUCUGCAACAACAACAAAAAAAAAACCUACAUCAUUUAGUGGGUCUGGUAUGUGAAGGAGUAAAUCAUCAAAAAGGGUUUCUGUAAUUACAACCCAUUUUUCAUGAGUAGAUAGAAAAACUGAAGCUUGAUGAAACCCCCCAACUGGGUUUAAGUUUAAACUGCAUUAUAUUGUAUGAAACCCCCAACUGGGUUUGAUUAUUAAACAACAUUUAAAGGUUGUUUGUUUGGACUAAAUUCAUGAUUCAUAUGAGUAGAGAUGAUGUAUGAAAGAACCCCCAAUCCAUUUGUUUAUUUAACAAAAGAAAAGGGAAUCUGCUUUCUUUUAAUAAUUUUGUGGUGUGAGCUGUUAAACUAAAUGUCAUUUCUUUACUAGUUUGUCUGUCUGCUUUGUGCUCUGAAAGGUUUACUUUCUUGUCUAUUAGGUGCAUUUGUUUUUUAACAUGACUGAUCACAUAAGCCUUAAUAAUCUGAUUAAAAAGUAAAGAGAGGAGGUGGUGGUGAUAUUAGUAGUAGUAGUGGUGGUGGUGGGUAGUCUAGAGUAGAAGAAGAUUAUAUGCCCUUCUGCUUGAUAUCAUCUUUUCUUUCUUUCUUUUUUAGUUUUAGUGUUUAUUGGAUUCUGAAAACUCAGUUGGGUUUUGUUGCUUUACUUUAAAGCUGCAAAGGUUACUUGUUUCUUUCUUCCUUUGUUGAGUCCUUCACAAAAUUUACUAUCUAUUCUUUUUUGUCAAACCUACUUUUGCUUUAGUUUGGGCAACUUUUCUUUGAAGAUAAACUGUUUUUCAAUUUAAUCUUCCUUACAUUAUCUUGGUACUAGUGUGAAAUUUGAGACUAAUUAGAGAGGGGGAUUUGAGUUUUGGAUCAUGGGUUCUGAUGAUAAUUGUGAUUUAGGUCUUCAACAAAGAGGUGGAGGUGGAAGUCAUUUGAAUUCUCCAUCUUCUGGGAUUUAUACAAAUCCACAGUCUGGAAAGGUUACAAUGUCUUUAGGGGAAACCUCUAGUGGGGGAGGAGGGAAUUCAUAUUUUGGUACUGGUUGGGAUCCAAUGCUUUCACUUGCUCAUAGUGGUGGUGGUCCUUCAAUGGCUUCUCAGCAUCAUCAAAUUCCCAUUUCUCCGUAUGGUAUGUAUGGAAACCAGGGUGGUCAUCCUGUUCAGUUUCCGAAUGAUCCUAGAUUUAUUGGAUCAGGACCGAAACUUCCUUGCUUUGGCAGUGGGAAUUUUUCGGAAAUUGCUGGUUCGUUUGGCGGGUCUGAGCGUAGCCAGAUUGCUAACUCUGGUUGCCCUUCUAAUUACACUUCGAAUAAGGAUGGUAUUGCCGAGAAUAAUUCAAGAAAUUCUUCGCCUGAUGGGAAUAAAAGGAAAAGGGUGCCUGAUUACAACUCAAGCAAGAGUCCCCAGGGUCAAUUCAGUUCUGUACAGAAUGAGACUGACGCAGAGCAACAGAAGGAUGUCUCUGAAGGGGGCCUUGAUGAUUCGAACGAACAAAAUGAUAAGAAAUCAAAAGCUGGAAAGAACCCUGCAACGAGUUCACGUGGAAAUUCAAACGGUAAAGCUAAAGAUAAUUCACAAGAUGGUCAAGCUCCAAAAGACGACUGCGUUCAUCUCAGGGCAAGACGUGGUCAGGCAACCAAUAGUCACAGUCUUGCUGAAAGGGUAAGACGAGAAAAGAUAAGCGAACGAAUGAAGCUUCUGCAAGAUCUUGUUCCAGGUUGCAAUAAGAUUACUGGCAAGGCAGUCAUGCUGGAUGAGAUUAUCAACUAUGUUCAAUCCCUGCAACAACAAGUUGAGUUCCUAUCAAUGAAGCUUGCCACUGUCAAUCCAGAAGUGAACUUUGAUAUUGACCAAAUUCUUUCCAAAGAUAUUCUUCAUUCAAGAAGUUUAGGCGCAGCUCUACACGGAUUUGGUCCAGGAGCGACCUCAUCUCUUCAUCCAUCUUUAAAUCCUCUAGCAGGGAUGCAAGCUCUACAAUGUACAAAUCCCCAGCUACCCAACAUGUCUCAGGCACCGCCGAAUACAUGGGAGGACGAGCUCCAGUCAAUGAUUCAAAUGGGCUUAAUUUCUAACCAAGCUCUUGAAAAUAUGGGAUUAAGUGGUCAUAUGAAGUUGGAGCUAUAGUGGAAUUAGGAAAAGAGUUCAUCUCUUGUAACAAGUAGUAUAUCCAAACAUCGAUGAGUUUCCACGGUUUCUUCCACUGAACUAUUCAACAGAAACCCCAUAGAAAAUGAACUGUUAAAAGGGAAAGAAUUGUUCAGAGUUGUAUAGGUUUAUCGCAGCUCCUAAGUUAACCAUUUUGUUCUUCGAAUUUUAGCAGAAGAAAUUAAGUGACAUGAUGAUAGAAGCAAAAAAAAAAAAAAAAAAAAACAA